CCCGGCUAGAACAGCUCUUUUAUUUGUUAAUCAAAUUGAACUACAUUUUCUGUUUGGUCGUCGAGAAAAUUCUGAUCAUGGAAGUGCCGGAAACUGACCCAUUGGCUCAAUUGAGCUUGCCACCAGGAUUCCGGUUUUAUCCAACGGAUGAAGAGCUUUUAGUGCAGUAUUUAUGCAGGAAAGUUGCAGGGCAUCAUUUUUCUCUGCAAAUCAUUGGUGAAAUUGAUUUAUACAAAUUUGAUCCAUGGGUUUUACCAAGUAAAGCUAUAUUUGGUGAAAAAGAAUGGUAUUUUUUCAGUCCGAGAGACCGGAAGUAUCCGAACGGGUCACGACCGAACAGAGUUGCCGGUUCUGGAUACUGGAAAGCUACCGGAACUGAUAAAAUUAUCAUGACGGAUGGCCGGAAAGUUGGCAUAAAGAAAGCUCUAGUUUUUUACGUCGGAAAAGCACCUAAAGGGACCAAGACUAAUUGGAUCAUGCAUGAAUAUAGACUCUUGGAAACUUCCCAUAAAACUGGUAGCUCCAAGUUGGAUGAUUGUGUUUUAUGUAGAAUAUACAAGAAGAAUUCAGGUGCUCAAAAAUCACUGUCAACUGUACCAACCAAAGAGCAUGACAACAAUGGCUUCACAUCGUCUUCUUCUUCCCAACUCGAGGACAUGCUUGAGUCGUUCCCCGAGUUAGACGAUCGCUUCUUUGCUCUGCAACGAGUGAACUCGUUGAAAACGCUUCAGAAUGACGAGAAAACGGGGUUCCACCAGCUGGAUUGGGCGAGUCUUGCAGCAGGGCUCCCGAGUUAUGGAGAUAAUGACUUGUAUGCUUCCACGAUGCCCAUGGAUAUGUCAACGCGUAAAGUUGGUGACUCGGUGGAAGAGGAAGUACAGAGUGGACUCAGGACUCAACGUGUUGAUAACUCUGUUCUUUUCCAGCAAAACUCGAGUGGGUUGAUGACCCAGAACUUUUCUAACUCGAUCAACCCGUAUGGAUUCCGGUACCCAACUCAGCCGGGUGGGUUUGGGUUUGGGUUUGGGUUUGGGUUUGGGCAAUAAAUAAUAGACAAAA